UCGUAUCAUCUCUGCUCUGAUUUUGAUGCCGUUGAAUGUGUGUAAAUAGUACUAAAGGCUCCAACUGGGUUUCCUCUUUAGUUCAGUUAGUGUGUAGACUUUGUAAACGCUUGACCUUGUCUAUUCUCUUUUAAAUCCUCCAAACUCUGGAGAAAUUCAUAAAGAAUGCAGUUAUCAGCAAUCUAUUUGUUUAAUUUUAUUGUGCCAUUUGUGUCAUACUUGACGUCCUGUAAAUCGAGUCCACUCUCAAAUGGAGACAAUGCAUUUCUAAUCACGGGAAUGGACACCUCGGAUCGGGCUGGGGUCGCAUCUGGUCAUUCAAUAGCGUCCUGGGCUUCACCAAUGACACCCAGUUACCGAAGGAAAAGAGCGAUAACUACGCGACUUAUCUCGCCGGAGAUUUACUCUGUGAAAAUUAACUCCGACAUAAAAUAUCGGUAUAGUCGCACCCAUGUCUCAUCUUCGGUUGCGAAUCGUGACCCCUCAGCCUCUCAAGAGAUAACUUUUAACGUUGUUUUACCCGAGACUGCUUUUAUUUCCAAGUUUGUCAUGGAAAUUGAGAACAAAUCGUACGUAGCUUAUGUCAAAGAAAAAGAUGAAGCGAAAAAAGUAUACGCACAUGCCCAGCGAAGAGGACAAACUGCUGGAUUGUUGGAAAUGAGAAAUUCCAAUACGUUCAAUGUCAAUGUUAACAUCAAAGCUGGAACUGAGGUCAAGUUCAAUCUCACUUAUGAAGAGCUUUUAUCUCGACGGUUGGGAAAGUAUGAGCAGUCGAUCAACUUUAAUCCGGCUCAGGCCCGUUCCGUAAAAGAUUUCCAAAUUUUAGUCACCAUUGAAGAAUCGCAAAACAUAACUUUAUUAAGGGUCCCAAAUUUGAGAAACGAUUUGGACUCGAACCUAGAUUUUCAUGGGAACAACCAGGACGCUGUAAUUUCCCAAUCCGGGAAUAAAGCAAGUAUUUCAUGGCGCCCAAGCAUUUCUGAUCAAAGAAACUUAAAUGCGCAAGGGCUCGGCAGUGGAAACUUUGUCGUUCAGUAUGACAUUAAUCGGACAUCGACAGGAGAAAUUCUGCUCAUGGAAGGAUAUUUUGUGCAUUUCUUCUCCCCUGAGAGUUUACCUCCGCUCAGAAAACAUGUCAUCUUUGUACUCGACAUAUCUGGGAGUAUGUACGGGAGGAAGCUGAAGCAGAUGAAAGAGGCACAAAAUAAAAUUCUGGAUGAUAUGAAACCCGACGAUUUUUUGGACAUUGUUACAUUUUCUUCUGGCGUUGAAACUUGGAGCACUUACGGCGACGACAUUCCUGCCAAAAAUAUGGACGGACCAUCAAAUCACUACCCAAUUCCUGCCACCGAGGAAAAUAUUGACCUGGCAAAGACGUUCAUAAAUUCCUUGAAAGUUAAGGGAAACACCAACAUUCACAAAGCCACAUUAAGCUCCAUCAACAUUGCGAAAUCUUCCAUCCUUCCUGAAAAUGUGGAGUCCAUGAUUAUCUUCCUUACGGACGGACAACCCACGGCUGGUGUCACAGAUCCGAGCAUAAUCCUGGAAACGAUUAAGAGAGAAAACUCUGCAAAUUUUUCAAUUCCAAUUUUUUCCCUUGGAUUUGGAAAUGACGUGGAUUUCCCAUUCCUUAGGAAACUAUCUCUGCAAAAUCACGCUUUUGCACGAAAAAUCUACGAAGGGUCAGAUGCCGCUUUACAAAUGAAGGGAUUUUAUAACGAAAUCGCAUCUCCACUCUUGUCACGUGUCAGCUUCAAGUACACAAACAACGUGACCGACGUAACCGUGUCAGAAUUUCCGACAGUUUUUAACGGCACCGAAAUCGCCGUGGCUGGAAGACUUGAUCCUAAAGUGGUCUGCACAUUGGGAAAUUCUUCCCUAGUUUUGACCGAAAAAAAAAUUCUGAAUGUCGAUAUUUACGGAAUUGGACGAAAUGGGGUGAUCUCUUUCAAACCACCAGAAAUAUUUUGUCAACCAAUUGAUGCUUCCAUUACAACGUUGAACAACACUGUUGCCACUACUUCAAAAGAAGACAAAUUCCUCGAGCGUCUCUGGGCUUAUCUUACGAUACAACAAUUGAUCGAGAAAGAUAUCAAAGGAGAGAAAAAUAUUAGUGGGACAGAAAUUGAGACCCCAAAGCAACAUGCAAUCAGGUUGGCACUGCAGUACGGAUUCGUUACCCCGUUUACUUCUCUGGUGGUGGUAAAGCCGGAGAUCAAUGAAAAUAUGACUGGUAUAACAAACACUUCAUCAGUCGUUGAAGACCUAGCGUCGCCAGAUGAAUCUUCGGCAGGGCAAAUGCUAGCUUUGCAUCAAAGUGCUCCCAGGCUGAUGGCACCAAAUCCUGGGCCAGUGGGAGGACAACACCGUACGUUACAAAAUUUCGAUUUCGGACCUCCUCUUGUGUCUUCUGGAUAUUAUAGUGCAGGAUUUACUCCUUUCAGCGAUACUGGGAUGGAUGAUUCUUUCAACACUGGCUCGCAAAGUUCACGUUCAGGACUCCGACCAGGAAUUGGCAGUGCGACAAGGAAUAGGAACUACAAGAAACAUUCAGGGAGGGUAUGGAUGGGAGAGGAAAUUGACCUGGGUCCAAUAAUCGCACGAAACAAGUUACGCCUGUCAGAUAUUCAGUGGAUUGCUAGCAAUCCGUAUCUCGACGUGAAUGGAACUCGAUUCACUGUCGCGGAUAAGCUAACUGUGCAACUCUACCGACGCCAAGGUUCUAGCAAUGCGUGCGCCUCCUCAGUGCAAUUUGGCGCAAGGGAAUGUGUUCACUUGAAGGACUGCGUGCUCCAGCCUUUCGUGAAUGAUUUGAAACUAUUUAAACAAUCGUAUUUUUGUCCAAUUUAUUCAUUGUCAACCUUGAAUACUGGUUUUAUUGGGACGUGUUGUCCACCAAAACAGUCGAAACACUAACUGAAAUAAAUAAACCGUUGCAAACGAAAUGUAGCAAAGGGGUGAAAACACAA